AUGGCCAGAAACAUAAGCAGCAGUCCGGGGAAGCGGAGAAUAAAGGUGAAAUGGCAACUGGUGGUGCUCCGGCGGCGGAGACAACAGCAAGUAGCCGAGAAGGCUCAGCAAAGUCAAUGGUGUCUGAUCAGAUUUCUCAGGCUGUUCAAUCUACUUCCAAUCUUCUCCAACUCAUGCUCCAAUCUUCUCCUUCCCAGGCUCACUUGAUAAGUCUCCCCAGAAACCUUUUGGCCAAGACAUCUGCAAUUAAAAACACGGAGCAGGUAAUGGAACAGUUGCCUCGCGUGAUUUCUACUUUGGAUGCGUACAUGGAUAAUGGAUUACAAAGUGUGCCCCAUCUCAAAACAGUUACCCAGUUACUUGAAAAUAUGGAAAGCUCCCAGCUUAAACCUUUGUAUCGGCAUUCUUUGCAGGACCCUGAGCUGACAGAUCAUCCUUCAUAAGAGGGCUAAGAAGCAAGCUAAGUGUCCACAUGUUACUUUGUGAUGGUUACUGUAAGAGAAGUACAGUGCUUAGUGUUUCAUAGUGCAUCAGGAUAUACAGUAUGACUAUGAAUCCAUCGAAGAUUAUAGUUACAUGUAAACUAUUGUUGACUGGCAUGGUUGAUAUCAAGAUCUAUGCUUUCCACCCUGUUCUGCUUUCAUGUACUUGUAAAUUGCUUUUCACUUUAUUCCCUCCGACAUUUUCUCUGUUGUAGAAUUGUGAGCACUCAAGUUGCUGCAAUAGACUGUAAAUAUAUUAAUAUUACAUGAAAGGGGUGUUUCUCAGCUUCAAACA